AUGGAGGAGUUUGUUGUCAGAGUAAAAAACCUGUCACAGAAACGUAUUCACAGACAGAAUAAUUCAAAUGUGGAUGAGGUGAUUGAGACUCUUUUCAAAGAGAUUUCAUCUCUGGAGAAAUCAGCAAGAAUACAGGAUUCACAGGUGGAGGAAAAUGCUAUUCAGUUGUGGAACUGGGCUGUGACCAGACGUGUUGGCUCAACCAUCACAGAGGAACAGAAGGCCAAAGUGCGUCAUGUGGCAUGCAGACUUCUGUAUUUGUGUGGUCCUGAAAACCCAUCAGAGAAUGUUGUUCGCAAGCAGAUCCUGAUGGCCAGUAAAACAGGGAGAACAUGGCUUGAUUGUAAACAACCCAAACUAGCUGAUGAUUUUCUUAUCCUUGCUUUCAAUAGCCUGGAGACUCUUUACAGCAGACUAACUUCCCGUGGAGAUUGUGCAGAAGAUAUAAACACACCAAAGGGAGACAUAGAGAAAGACUUGCUACGGGUUUUGUCUUAUCAAGCUGAAUCAGCAUUUUCUCAAGAGCAUCAUCAAGAGGCAGUGUCUUACAUUCACAGAUGUAAAGAAAUGCUUCUGCGUCUCCCUAAAGAGACUGGCUAUGUCGCUCUCAUCUGUUACAACUUUGGGGUUGACACUUACAGUCAAGGAAAGCAUGAGGAGAGCUCAUUUUGGCUCAGCCAAAGUUAUGAUGUAGGAAAGAUGAACAUGAAGUUCUCACCAGGACCAGAGUUCCAAGCCAAAGUCUUAAGACUUCUUGCCACAGUUUACUUGGAAUGGGAUUGUCAGAAAUAUCAGGAGAAAGCUCUUCAUGCUGUGAGCCUGGCUAACAAGGAGAAUAUGCAUUUAUCAGGCCUCUAUUUGAGGAUCCGCAUCCUAGUGAAGAGUGGCAGCCCAGAUGAUGCAGUAAAAUCUGGGCUGUCAGAGCUACUGGAUCCACUGGAAGUCUGUUUUAGCACAACAAGACUGCUCGUGGCAGAGAACAGGGAGACACAGGCCUUUGACUUCCUGAAGAGGAUGUGUCAGCAGUUUGAGUCCUCUCCUGAGCUGGGCUCUGCUAUACUGCUGCAUAUAGAGCUGCUGCUGCAGAGGGACAAAGAGCUGUUGGCCAAGCAGAAGAUCAAGGAUGCAAUCACAGGGCAUUACACUGGAAAACAAAUAUCUCCACAGACUUUAUCAUCUCUUCACCUUCUUCUGUGGGAUAGAGCUUCCAAAAACUUUGAAGCUAAGAACUACUCUGAAGCUCUGCAGUGGUAUAACUACUCACUGAGUUUCUACAAAGCAGGUCAGUUGGAUCCAAACCUAGCUAAACUGCAAAGAAAUCGAUCCUCCUGUUUCCUGCACCUGCAACAGCUUGAGAAGGCCAAAGAAGCUGUAGAAGAGGCAGAACGAAUUGAUCCAACCAGCAUUUUCACACAGUUCAACAUCUCAACAGAGCUGCUGACCCAGACUCUAGAGCACAUACAGCUCUGUAAAGAAGUGUGGAGAACUAUCAAAACAUCAGGCACAUCCUCCAAAGACCCGACAGACACAUUAUUGCUGCUCUAUGAGUUUGAAGCAUGGGCCAGAUUAAAUGAUCACAAGCUUGAAUCUGUGCUCGAGUCAGUUUUGGAGCUGGAUAACGUUGAGACCAAAGUGUUGGAAACAGUUGCAGUCUUGGCAAUGGAACCACCAGCUCAUUUUCCUGUGCUGUGUAAGAAAGCACUGAGGAUUGCCCUGUCUCUGCACAGGAAAAACCCACAGGCCAAUCCAUCAAAUUGUUCUUUAUGUUAUACCUACCUUAUACCUGUUUGGCUGUCACUGCCAAGCGGUGUGUCUGAGGUGGAACCCCGUGUGUUGGAAGAAGUGUGGAGCUACUAUGAGGAAGCUCUUUCCAUCAUAGCAACCCCUGAGGACUUUCCAGAGCUGGAGAUCCUGUGGCUGCUGACCCGAGCGUGGAACACAGGAAUCCUGCUUUACAGUCUGGCCCAGUACCCUGAGGCCGAGAGGUGGUGUGGGCUGGGAAUGAGCUUCCUGCAGCACCUGGACUCUCUGCAGGACAGCUAUCAGACUCAGAUGGCAGAUCUGUACAGUGAGGUGUUGGACAGGCUGGAUAAAGCAAAGAAAAAUCUCAUUAUUGAGGAAUAAUGAUGGCAUUAGUCGCAGAUGGCAAUCUCAGGUCUAAUGACACUUGUUUAAUAUGUAGUGCGAAUUUCUGUUCACUUUUUUAACAAACGUGUUGGUUUUGUUCUUGAGCCUAUUAUUAUAUCAACUGCUUUAACUGUUCAUAGUAAUGAAAUGACUAUUUUACGAUCAA